AUGGGCCUUACCGGUCACCGGCGACGAGCUGGUUCCAGCGCCAGUCGGGCGUCAUCCGCUGACGAAAAUGAAAGCGACACCACUGUUGUUGAAGGUGAACAGGGAAAUGUUCUCGGCCAUAUUAUCUCUCAACUGAGGCCCGGCGCCGAUCUGAGCCGGGUCGUCUUGCCGACUUUCAUCCUCGAGCCAAGAAGCAUGCUGGAAAGAAUCACCAACUUUAUGUGCCAUCCAGAAAUGCUUCUGCCGAUACCCCAGAUCGAGGAUCCCGUAGAGCGCUUCGCAGCUGUCGUCAAGUUUUACCUGAGCGGUUGGCACAUUAGACCUCCCGGCGUCAAGAAGCCCCUGAACCCGAUUCUUGGUGAGGUCUUCACCUGCUACUGGGACCUCCCCGACAAGACGCGGGCCUACUAUAUCUCUGAACAGACAUCACACCACCCGCCAAAGUCUAGCUAUUUCUACAUGGUCCCGGAACAUCACAUCCGGGUUGAUGGUACUCUGAAGCCACGAAGCAAAUUCCUCGGCAACUCGGCAGCCAGCAUGAUGGAGGGUACGGCCGUCCUGACUCUACUAAACCGUGGCAAGGAUCCGAAGAAGGGUGAAAAGUAUAUAUUGACUCAGCCAAACAUGUAUGCUCGCGGCAUCUUGUUUGGUAAGAUGAAAUACGAGCUAGGUGACCACAGUUUUGUGCGCUGCCCCGAGCUGGGACUCGUUGCCGAUAUUGAGUUCAAGACGAAGGGCUGGGUGAGUGGAACGUAUAAUGCUAUUGGAGGUACCGUCCGAAACGAGCACACUGGCGAGGCACUCUUCGAGCUUAGCGGUCUAUGGAGCGAUGAAAUGGUUAUUAAAGACUUGAGAAAUGGCCACAAGGAAACAUUCUUCAACGGAGCUACAGCAAGACCCUCCAAGCCACAAGUGAGGCCAUUGGAGGAGCAAGAUGAUCGCGAAUCGCAAAAGCUUUGGGCAGCAACAGCACGAGCUGUCAAGGACAAGAACCAUGAACUUGCCACGGAUGAAAAGACAAAGAUCGAGGACAUGCAAAGAGAAGAGGCCUCUAAGCGGGCCGCCGAGAACGUCGAAUGGCACCCAAGGCUGUUCAGGGCAGUCAAGGGAGGUCCUGGCGGUGAGGAAGAGGGAGAAGAAGAGCUGGAAUGGAUCAUCAAUGCCCACAUUGAUGGUGAUACACCACAAAAAGUGGCAGAGCAGGUCAUGGCCAUCUACCCUAUCCUUCCAGGACAGAAAUCUUCAGAUCGCAAUGUAAUUCCACCCCACACGGAACAUGCAGCAUCGGCAAGCAAACCCGCUACUGAAAAGGCUUCGAAUGACUUGAUUGACUUUGGACCAAGUGAGGACUCGGCUCCUGCCGUCGCUCCCGUACCAGCAGAAAACCCAGCUGUCGCUGCCGUUGCGCAGAACCACGCAAGCAAAAGUUCAACCGAAAUCCGGCAAUUGCUCUCGAGCACUGGACAAAAAGCUCCAGAAGGCCCUCUGAUUGACUUUACAACAGAUAUGAAACACGAUCUGCCAAAGACACAGCCGACCCAGGCGCCACUCAAGAGAAGCGAGACGGAGGAGAGUAAUGAUGCAUUCUUUGAUGCUGAAUCAUGA